AUGGUUGAAGUUGAGAUUUCCAAGUUGCAUAAAAAGAUUGUGAUGAACAAGUAUUCAACAUGGAGUCCAUGUUUUCAUACAAUAGAAGGAGGGCAACUUAAAGGCUUAAUUGAUAUUGUAAAUGCUAAGAUUCAAGCUUGUAAUCACAAAAUUAGUAUACUAAAAAAUAUGCAACAAGGUGAGAAAAAUAGUUUGAUUCGAAACAAAACUCAAGAGAAUGUUGCCUCCUCACACUCGAGUCAACUUGAUCUCAUACAUAGCAUUCCUCAACAGCAACAUAUCUAUGGUGAUCCUACGGAGCUAGUUAAUGAUAAUAUUAAUGAGAUGAUGAGUUUAACUAAUUUUUUUAGUUUGCCUUGUUUUUCAUUAACAAAUCAAAUUAAUAAAUCAACAAAGUUAGAGAAUAUGAUGGUUGAACCUCAUCAAGAAUGGGCUAAUCAACUUGAUGAAUUUCUACAGUUAGAUGAUCGGGUGGUUGAACCUGGAAAUUGGACUUCUAACCUUGUCAAUUUUAGCCAACCUAAUUUGUUUGCAUUGCGAGAUAUUUCAUAUAUGUCAUAG